AUGGCGUCGGCACCCCUGCGUGUGGCAGUAGUGUGUUCCAGCAACCAAAAUCGGAGCAUGGAAGCCCACCAUCUCCUCAGCAGGAAGGGAUUCAGUGUCCGGUCCUUUGGAACAGGGACUCAUGUGAAGCUUCCAGGACCAACAGCCGACCAGCCCAAUGUUUAUGAUUUCAACACCACGUAUGAUGAAAUAUACAGAGAUCUUGUUCGGAAGGACAAAGAGCUCUACACGAAGAAUGGUGUUUUGCACAUGUUGCAGAGAAAUAGAGAAAUCAAGCCAGGGCCUGAAAGGUUCCAGGAUUGCAAAGAUGUAUUCGACCUGAUCCUCACCUGUGAAGAGCGAGUGUACAACCAGGUGGUGGAAGAGCUUAAUUCCAGGAAACAGGUGACCUUCCAGAUGGUGCACGUGGUUAACUUGAACAUUAGAGACAACUUCGAAGAGGCCAGCCUGGGGGCGUUCCUGUUUUCGGAGCUCUGCCAAUGCGUUCAGCUUAUGGAUGACGUGGAAAAGGAGAUCGGGGAAGUGCUACUGGAGUUCGAGGUAAAUAGUGGCCAGACCUUCCUGCACACCAUCUGCUUCUAUUGA